AUUAAAUUCAUUUAAUAAGGAGGAGAGAGAAAAAAAAUUAUGUACAACCAUUAAAUGUCAAAAGCAAAAGUAAAUAAAGUAGUGUCACAUCACAUUAAUUUGGGGACAUUGUGGGGAAUAAAUUUGGAGAAUAAGGAUAAUUUGGUAAAAAAAUCACUAACUAAAAAAGAAAAUAGGCAUCUAAUUUUGAAACCCUUAAAAGGAAACUAGGCUGUAAAUAAAGGACGGAGGGAGUACUUGUUUAAGUGAUUAACUGGUGUAAAUUAUGGAAGAGAUCCUUGAAGAAUUCUUUUUCUUUAUUUGUAAGAUUAGCAUAAUGAUCUUAGAAAGCUGGUCGGAUAAAAUAAUUUGAGAAGCCUAUCACACUAGAAUUAUUGUCCAAGAGAUAUGAGCUAUGUUCAAAUUUAAUCAAUUUUCUUGUUUUUUUAAUCAAUUUGUUCAAGAGAAAUGAGCUAUUUGUAUCUGAUAAUAUCAAAUUUAAAACCAUUGCAUUUUUUAAGAGAAAGAUCAAAAUAUGCAGGCAUGCAAUAUUAAUGUAAGAUAAGAAAGAACCCAGCCAAUAACCCUUGGGUUGGUUAUUGGGAGAGAUAAUGUAGGAAAAUAAUAAAAACGAAGAGAGAAAUUUUUGGGAAAAAAAAAACAAUAAUCGAGAUAUACAAAUAACCGGUCAUCAAUUUAUCAUUGUUUGGUCAUUGAAUAAAAUAUUGUAACAACUUGCUUUUUAUGUCUUUCCUUAAAGAUGUGGCAAAUGAAGGUAUGACACACAUUUUUUUUAUCAACGGCCAAGAUUUAUUCUGAAUUUUAGCAGGUCAGGUGCUCGACCCGAAAAAUUGAAAAAACUCCUCCAAUUAUCCGUCCAGUAUUUUGCGAGUUGUUAGGUAAUCAGGUUGGGUCAAGCGGGUCAGAUUUUUUUCAACACCCCUAGACCUAGAAUUAACAAUAGACUAUAGACCUUUUGCCCUUUUGGUGUCCUUUGUUGACCACAAACCAACCUCUAGAGUCUAGACUUGCAACCAUAUGGUUUACCGCCCAAAGCCUUCAAAGCAAGCAGCCUCAUCUUCUCUGCUCACAACCCAACAACGCUCUCUGCUACACUACUCCAUUAAAGGGUUCAAAGGCCAAGCUUCAUACUCCACUGAAUUGCAGCAAGGUCAGACAUUUGGCAGAUAGUAUUGGCAUGAGUUUAUGGCUUGCUAUUGUUUUUCACAUCUUCAUGUCUACUCAAGGCCAACUGGUUGCUUAGGAAAGAAGUUUCUUAUGCACAGUAUUGGCGGAAAUCUUUGCAAAUCACAUGUAUUCAAUUUCCCUGCAAUUUUCAAUGCAAAGGGGGUUUCCAAGUUAUUUUACCAUUCUGGAAGAGAUAUUACUAGAUUACCCUUUGUCUCUUCUGGUAGCAAUGUGGAAACUUCCUUGCAAAAUGAGCAAGGGAUUGGGCAACGCAAAUAUAUGCAAUUUGUCAAUCCCAAUGUUGCCUCACUAAGUGAGGCUCCUUCAAAUGGUAGGGUGAUGCUCAUUGAUGGGACCGCUGUUAUAUACCGAGCCUACUACAAGCUUUUAGCAAAAUUGCACCAUGGCUAUCUUUCGAAUGCUGAUGGCAAUGGAGACUGGGUUCUGACAAUAUUUGCCGCUCUAUCUCUUAUAAUUGAUGUGCUUACAUUCAAUCCUUCGCAUGUGGCGGUGGUGUUUGACCAUAUUGGAAAUUCAUUUGGUGAAACUACUAAUUCCUCAAAACAAAGCUUAACAUUCAAAGGCACAAAUUUUCGCCACACCAUGUAUCCACAGUAUAAGAGCAACCGUGGUCCUACACCUGAUACCGUGGUUCAAGGACUUCAGUAUCUGAAAGCGUCCAUCAAGGCUAUGUCAAUUAAAGUAAUUGAGGUACCAGGUGUUGAAGCUGAUGAUGUUAUAGGAACUCUUGCUUUAAGGAGUGUUGAGUCUGGUUACAAGGUCCGAGUUGUCUCACCAGAUAAAGAUUUCUUCCAGCUUUUGUCACCUUCCCUGCGUCUUUUACGAAUUGCUUCACGUGGAGAUGAAAUGGUCUCUUAUGGCCUGGAGAAUUUUGCCAAAAGAUAUGGAACUCUAAGUCCUUCUCAGUUUGUUGAUGUUGUGGCACUUGUUGGUGACAAAAGUGAUAACAUACCAGGGGUAACAGGAAUUGGGGAAGUAAAUGCUGUUCAGUUGAUAACAGAAUUUGGAUCUUUGGAAGAAUUAUUGUCUAAUAUUGAUAAAGUGCAAGAAGGCCAUAUAAAAGAGGCACUGAUAUCAAGCACUGAUAUAGCUCUCAUGAGCAAAGAAUUGGCAAUAUUGCGUUCUGAUCUUCCUCAUUACCUUGUUCCAUUUGCUACAUCUGAUCUGAUAUUUCAUAAGCCAGAGGAUGAUGGCGAAAAAUUUACAACGCUGUUGAAUGCAAUCAGUGCUUAUGCUGAAGGCUUUUCAGCAGAUCCUACCAUCAGAAGGGCACUCUACUUGUGGCAGAAGCUGGAGAAACAAUAACAGAAAAACCAACUAGGCAAAGGUGGUUUAUUUCAACCUGCUGCAAAGUUCAGAAGUUGCAGAUACAUAUCUUCCAGAGUGUUCAGGAUUUACUGAUUUAUUUUUUGGCAAAUUCUAGGUGGAAAUACCUUUGUAAAUACGUCUAGUCCAGAGUGUACAAUGUCCAUACAUCAUUAUAUGACCUGCUGAUACAUAUCUAAAACAACAAUAUUAGUCUUCAUGAUUUGACAAUUUUUCAGAAAAUGUGUGCACAGUUUCCAGAUCUAACUUCUUUUUUUUAACUGUAAGAAAAACCUACAUAAUAGAUUAACUUCUUUCUUUGAGUCACUUUUGGUGGCUCGGUUUGUGAGCA